AAAAAUUCUGUAUUAAUCAGAUAUUUUUUCCUUGUACACAAUUCAGAUUUAUUAUUCGACAUACAAAAAAACGAUGAGUAUUAUAAAUAGCCCAUUUAAAGGUUAGCAUAUUGGGCCUUAUGGAUUUGGGAUGCAGUCCAUUCGGUCUGGUCCAUUGUCCCUCAAAUUGGGACUGAUAAUUUUAUAGCCCAGCCAGCCAUUUCUUCCGUUUUCUUUUGUUUUGUGGCUUUGGAAGCUUGAAACGCAGUUAUAUAUAGUGUAGCUCCAACGGACGUGGAGAUAUUUUCAUUCCUCAACUCGCUGUUGUAGCCAUUGAAAUUCGGCUGAUAUCCGAAAACGAUACUUGUAACGUAUAUAGAUGUCUGCUUUGUAAGGAUACUGCAGAAAUCUCAGCAGAGUUGUUCUUCUUCAGAACUUCAACCAUGGCAUUCGGCGUUGUACAUCAACACCGCUGGCGUUACCACUUCUCUGUACACGCGAAUUGCUGCUUUGGCUGUAACUGUUAUUCACCCAUUCCCAGCGCUUCGCAGUUUAGAUGUUUGACGACAUGCUCGCGAGGUUGUAACUCAAUUCGAUUCCGUACAACCACGAAGGCGUCGGCUGAUAAGAACCCCAGCACUAUACCUCAAAAACGGAAGUCCAGGCCUGCAGAUGAUCGGGUCGGUGCUAGUCAGCCGGAUUCGGACCCUGGCACGAAGUCGCUGUCAGUGUUGCUGCGUCGUCUUUGGGAGGGAUUUAAACUGGAUGGACUUGGAACGGAGAUUCUGUCAAUUGCACUGCCAGCAGCUCUGGCUCUCGCGGCUGACCCAAUUACUUCACUUGUUGAUACAGGAUUUGUUGGCCAUUUAGGAUCCGCUGAACUGGCAGCAGUUGGUGUGUCUGGUGCUGUGUUCAACCUUGUUUCUAAAUUAUUUAAUGUACCACUGCUCAAUGUCACGACAUCCUUCGUUGCUGAAGAACAGGCAGCUAUUGUAAAAGCUGCUGAUGACUACAGUCAAACUGCCAAAGACUUGCAGAGCAAGAUCUUUCUUCCUUCAGUAUCGAAUGCUAUAAUUCUUGCUGCAGCUCUUGGCAUCGUAGAAGCUGUUGCACUUUCCACAGGCUCCAGUUUCUUAAUGAAUACGAUGGGUAUACCUGUUGAUUCACCAAUGCGCAUGCCAGCUGAACAAUUUCUUACACUGAGGGCCCUGGGUGCUCCACCAAUUGUGGUAGCGCUUGCUGCUCAAGGAACUUUUCGUGGAUUCAAGGAUACGAAGACACCUUUAUAUGCUGUUGGAGCUGGCAACUUACUCAACGCGAUACUGGAUCCAAUAUUAAUAUUUUCAUUUGGUCUUGGUAUUGGUGGUGCUGCCGUUGCUACUGUGAUUUCUGAGUAUUUGACAGCUUUAAUUCUUCUAUGGAAGUUGAGUGACGAAGUCCUGCUCAUUGCUCCAAGUAUCAACGGCCAGAGGAUUGUUCAGUAUCUUAAAUCUGGUGCCCUUUUGACAGCAAGAACAUUAGCAGUCCUUGCAAUCACAACGCUAGCUACAUCUAUGGCAGCAAGAGAAGGCCCCAUACAAAUGGCUGGCCAUCAGAUUUGUUUUGAAGUCUGGUUGGCUUUAUCUUUGCUAAAUGAUGCUUUAGCACUUGCUGGUCAGACUCUCCUUGCUAGUGACUACUCUCAAGGGAACUAUGGUCUGGCACGCCAGGUGACUUACAAAGUGCUACAGAUUGGCUCACUAAUGGGGGUAGCUUUGGCUGUGAUUUUGUUCCUUGGAUUUGGUGCGCUCUCGAGCUUAUUUAGCACAGACUCAAAAGUUCUGGAAAUCGCCAGAUCUGGAACCUUGUUUGUCGCUGGAUCUCAGCCAAUGAAUGCAAUAGCUUUUGUUCUUGAUGGCCUAUAUUAUGGGGUUUCAGACUUUGGGUUUGCUGCAUAUUCCAUGGUGUUUGUUGGACUGAUCUCGUCAGUCUUCAUACUGCUAACUGCUCCUUCAUUUGGUCUUGCUGGUGUAUGGGGUGGGCUGUUUCUCUUUAUGACUUUGCGAGUAGUAGCUGGAAUGUUGAGGCUAAGCACCAGAAGUGGACCAUGGAGAUUGCUCUGGCUGGAUACGGAUGAAGAUAGUACUUAAAGCUGCACAAAAUUUGCUGAAUUCCACCAAUUUUUUAUCUUCUUCACCAUUGGGUUUACACAGAAGAUAUAAUUAGCCAGCCCUUCUUCAGGUGGCUUGCCUGCAUCAGUUGCUCAGCCUGGGGCGACUUUUGAUCAUAGAUAUGUUCAUGGGGAUUUGAGGAUGCCUGAAUUGACUGGAGACACCACUUCUACUGAGCUACUGGAUGAUUUAUUACAGUACAUGUAAGCGAAAGCUGUAUUUUGAGUGCACGCCUAUUUGACAAUGAUGGAGCAAGAAUAAGGUGGUGAUUCCUCAAUGCAAGAUAUCUAAUUCCCAAACUAACCGAUUCGUGUACAGCCUCAUUUCAAUGAUCUAUCAACUUGUAGUGCCAUAGAAUUGUCCACUUUUACAUGCACAUAAGAUUUAACUGUAAAGCAUAAAUUCUCUCAACUAUUUUCUUGUAUUAUUCAACUUUCUCUGGUCUCUUGAAGUUGCCAGGUGCUAGUGUAAGUGUUCGCUGUUCAGCUCCCUUCAA